UAGAAUUCAAUUAGCUAGAUUUGUUGAGACCUCAGCAGGNGGAAAUGGGGAGGUGUUUUUCAGGUGGUAUUUCAAUUUGGGUAGUUUUCCUGAUUUCAAACUUAAUGAUGUGUGGAGUAGUGAGUGGGAUUGGUGCAAACUGGGGUACACAGGCAAGCCACCCUCUACCCCCAGAUAGUGUGGUGAGCCUACUGAGGCAAAAUGGGAUUCAAAAGGUUAAGCUCUUUGAUGCAGAUUAUGACACAUUGACAAAUUUGGGUAAGUCUGGGAUUGAGGUCAUGGUGGGCAUUCCUAAUGAUAUGCUGGCAUCUCUAGCCUCCAGCGUUAAGGCAGCUGAGAAGUGGGUUUCCAAAAAUGUCUCAGCACACAUCUCCUCCAAUAAUGUCAAGAUCAGGUAUGUUGCAGUUGGAAAUGAACCUUUCUUGGAAACAUAUAAUGGUAGCUUCCUCAGGACAAUCUUCCCCGCUCUUAAGAAUGUUCAGUCAGCCCUCAUAAAAGCUGGAAUUAGUAACCAAGUAAAGGUGACUGUACCCCAAAAUGCUGACGUUUAUGAGAGUUCCAAUGGGUUGCCAUCUGGUGGUGACUUCCGAACUGAGAUCCAUGAUCUAAUGCUUCAAAUUAUCAAGUUCUUGAGUGACAAUGGUGCCCCUUUCACGGUGAACAUCUACCCGUUUAUCAGCCUUUACAUCGAUGCCAAUUUUCCAGUUGAUUAUGCAUUCUUUGAUGGCAAUGCAUCACCUAUUACAGAUGGCAGUUUAACCUAUUACAAUAUGUUUGACGCGAAUUAUGACACUCUAGCAUGGGCCCUGCAAAAGAAUGGUUUUGGAAACUUACCAAUUAUAGUUGGAGAGAUUGGAUGGCCAACUGAUGGAGACCAGAACGCUAAUCUAGUUUAUGCUCAGAAGUUCAACCAAGGUUUCAUGUCCCACAUUUUGAGUGGGAGAGGAACUCCAAUGAGACCAGGGCCGAUUGAUGCAUAUUUAUUCAGUUUAAUCGAUGAGGAUUCAAAGAGCAUUGAUCCAGGAAAUUUUGAACGACAUUGGGGAAUCUUCACUUUUGAUGGAAUACCAAAAUACCAGCUUAAUCUUGGUACAACAAAUUCAGGGUCUGUAGUAGCGGCGAAAGGGGUGCACUAUUUGGAGCGUAAGUGGUGUGUGAUGAGGCCAUCAGCGAGCCUCGAUGACCCACAAGUGGCACUCAGCAUGAGCUAUGCUUGCGGACUUGCGGAUUGCACAAGCCUUGGUUAUGGUACAUCUUGUGGAAACUUGGAUGCUAGAGGAAACAUUUCGUACGCAUUUAAUAGUUACUAUCAGAUGAACAAUCAACUGGACGUUGCUUGCAAGUUCCCAAACCUCUCAAUGAUCACCAAAACAAAUCCAUCAGUUGGAUCAUGCAGGUUUGAGAUAAUGAUCGAACCAUAUUAUGGAGGUGCAGGCUCAGAAAGGAGGCUUGGAAUUCUCCAAAGGCCUCUGAGCCUGGCUGCGGUUCUUAUUCUCGUUUGGCAAAGUAUCAUGUGAAUUAAUUUCAUGCCAUGGCUGCUUCUUUUGCUUAUUCAUGAGGUGAACUACGUGCCACACUGCCACAUUAGCUAGUUAGGGAGCAAGCAUUCCAGUCCAUUUCAUUAAGGAGAAAAUGUGGCCUAGUGGAAGGUUGUGAUUGGGCAUUAUUUGGUUGUAGUUCAAAUUUUGGAAUUUGGAAGGUAUGAUAUAACACUAUAACACCUUUCACAAUUUGUCUGCAAAAUGCAUGCUUGUUUAAACUAGAAUUAGAAUUGCUUUGGAUUGUAGAAUGUAAUUUGAACGAUGAAGUGUGUGAAUGGAGUAUUGGCAUGACUCCUGGAUUUAGGUCGAUGCUGUCACGCAAUUUAUGAUCCAUGAUAAAGAUGAUUCUUUAGGUGCUUAUUGACGCGGCUCUCUCUAAGAACUGGUACGCA